CAGAUCCACAUUCUUCACUGGUUCAAAUACUGUAAGGAUACAAAUCCUCGUUUUUUUUUGGUGUCCUUCUACAUUAAUUGCGCCCCUUCAUCUUAUGUUUGUGAGUGUCUGGCUGCUGGUUAAUUGUUUCUUUGGACUCUGACGUUUGCUGCAUGACAAUGGCGGCGACAUUAUCUAGACAACUUCCAAAGGGAAUAGCAAACCUUCUUCAGCAACUUCACACGACAAAUUCAACCUUGGCAUUGACGUCGUGCACCUCAAAAUUAAUUUAUCGUCACUCCUCGUCGUCACCCAAACAGACGCCGGAUAAAGCCGUGGCAGCUCAAAGUUCGGUGGAUAAAGUGGGUGGAAAAAAGAACCUCCCGAACGAAGCAAUAUUUUAUCAUCCCCAGCACGAUAUGUACGUCUGUUGGCACCCAGAAGUCCCAUUUCCGUACGAAAUGAGCAAACCUAUCCCUAUCGAAGCCACUGGAACAGAGACGAACCUUAAAAUCCAAGCUCUUCAACCUGUCAGAGAAGUGUUUCGUAAGAAAAAUGAACGACUGAUUGUUCGUGAAGUAAUGAAGCUGACGUACACUCCCAAGUACGGAUGGGAAGGGAGACACGGCCGGAAAAUUAAAUACGUCAAGAGAGAUAUGGAUCCAUUGAAGCAGACUCGAAAUAGGCCAUAUUUGUAAGAUCAGACAAAUUUAAUAUUUUUAUGUCUAUAUUUAGUAAACUAAAAACAUCGUGACAGGAAAGAAUAAAAAAAAUAACCAAUAAUAAAAAUCUUGUUCAAGAAA